AGGAAACGUCAGUUACGUCCUGAACGGCGACGCAGUUCCUCCUCCCUCCCUCCCUCUCCAGACUCACUGAUGGAAGUGACAGCCUUCACGCCGCCCGGUAUGACUGUAGGAAGGGCGCCGCUCCUCCUGUCCCCAGGAACUUUGAAUACCAGCAUGUAGAGGUGGAACAAGCCCAGCGACACGGACCCAGCCGCUGUUAGCCGCGGACGCAGCUAGCCGCCGUAACGUAAGCUAACCGCGGCUAGGCUAGCUCCGGUGUUUACCGCCCGAGACGUAGGAGAGGAACCCCGACGUGUCCCGGAGAUUGGGCUCAGCUACCGAGGAGAAGGGGAGUAAAAUAGGGUGGGGGAAAAAUGGAGCUGUUUCAGGCUAAAGACGAGUACAUCCUUCAGAGCGGGGACCGCGCGCUGUGGUGCAGCAGGAAGGACGGGAGCAUGGCUGUCAGACCCGCGACAGACCUGUUGCUGGCGUGGAACCCGGUGUGCAUGGGCCUGGUGGAAGGCGUCAUUGGAAAGAUACAGCUUCACACUGACCUUCCUCUCGGUCUGGUGUUGAUACGGCAGAAAGCGCUGGUGGGCCAUUUACCAGGCAACCACAAAGUCUACAAGAUCACCAAGAUCGCCGUCAUUCCCUUGUCUGACGAGGAGCCUCAGGAGCUCGAGCUGGAGCCCUGCAAGAAGCAUCAUUUUGGAAUCGACAAGACCGAGAAACAGGCCCAGUCUCCAGAUGAGUCAAAGUUCUUGAUGAAAACUCUGAGUCAGAUCAAGUCCAACGUGUCCGUCCCCAUCAAGAAAAAGUAUUCCCCUGCAUUCCAGGUUAAAGAAAACAAAGAGAAGGAGCGUCUGGAGAGGCGGCUGCUAGACGAGCUCUACAAGGUCUUCAUGGACUCUGACUCCUUCUACUACAGCAUGACCUACGACCUGACGAACAGCGUGCAGCGGCAGGGAGACGCCGGCAAGUCCAGCUUACCUCUGUGGAAGCAGGUGGACGACCGUUUCUUCUGGAACAAACACAUGAUCCAAGAUCUUAUAGAUCUUCAGGUCCCGGAGGUUGACUUCUGGGUCGUACCGAUCAUCCAAGGCUUCGUCCAGGUGGAGGAACUGGUGGUGAACUACAACGAGACGUCGGACGAGGAGCGGAGCAGCCCGGAGACGCCGCCCAAGGAGAUCGUCUGUGUGGACGACAUUUACCCUCGCUUCACCGUGGCGCUGAUCUCCAGACGGAGCCGCCACCGUGCAGGGAUGCGGUACAAACGCAGAGGAGUGGACACUGACGGCCACGUGGCGAACUACGUGGAGACGGAGCAGCUGAUCCACGUGCACAGUCACACGCUGUCCUUCGUGCAGACCCGGGGCUCUGUGCCGGUCUUCUGGAGCCAGGCGGGGUAUCGCUACAACCCCCGGCCACGCAUAGAGAAAGGUGAGCAGGAGACGAAGCCUUACUUUGCGGCUCACUUCGAGAAGCAGCUUGAGCUUUACACAAAGCAGGUCAUCAUUAACUUGGUGGAUCAGAACGGACGAGAGAAGAUCAUCGGCGACACGUAUCUGAAGCAGGUGCUGCUGUACAACAACCCGAACCUCACAUACGUUUCCUUCGACUUCCACGAGCACUGUCGUGGAAUGAGGUUUGAAAACGUGCAAAUACUGACAGAUGCGAUUUCUGACCUCAUCACUGACAUGAAGUGGGCCUGGGUGGACCAGGCAGGAGUCAUCUGCAAGCAGGAGGGGAUCUUCAGAGUCAACUGCAUGGACUGUCUCGACAGGACCAACGUGGUUCAAGCAGCAAUUGCCCGAGUGGUGAUGGAGCAGCAGCUGAAGAAGCUGGGUGUGAUGCCUCCAGAGCAGCCUCUGCCUCCCAAAUGCUACCGGAUCUAUCAGGUCAUGUGGGCCAACAACGGAGACACCAUCAGCAAGCAGUACGCAGGAACAGCAGCCCUCAAGGGAGACUUCACCAGGACAGGGGAGAGGAAGCUGGCGGGCGUGAUGAAGGAUGGCGUGAACUCUGCCAACCGUUACUAUCUCAACCGCUUUAGAGACGCCUACAGACAAGCAGUCAUCGAUCUGAUGAUGGGUCUUCCCGUGACGGAGGACCUCUACUCCAUCUUCAGUAAGGAGAAGGAGCACGAGGAGAAAGAAAAGGAGAGCCAAAGAGGAGCCCAGGAGCAGGUCGGCCUUCUGUUGCAGACCUACAUGCAGCUUCUGCUGCCGGACGACGAGACGUUUCAUGGAGGCUGGGCUCUCAUCAACUGUGACAUGAGCCUGAUUGAUGCAACCAACAAAGAUGUGGAUGUGCUGCUGCUCCUGUCAGAUAAAGCCUACUACAUUGCAUACUAUGAUGACGAGGCAGAUAAAGUCGACCAAUACCAGCGUCUCAACUUGGAGGGUUUGGAAAAGAUUGAAAUCGGUCCAGAGCCCACUCUGUUCGGGAAGCCGAAGUUCUGCUGUAUGCGUUUGCACUACAGGAACCAGGAAACUAGCGGCUACUUCCACACACUGAGAGCUGCAACGCGGAAUCCAGAGGACGAUGGAAAGGAUACGCUGCAGUGCAUUGCUGAGAUGCUCCGCAUAACCAAACAGGCCUCCGGGUUGGACCUGCUAGUGGUUGAGAAGAAGCUUGAGAGGCGGCAGAGUAAACCUCACGAGGACAUCAUGGGGAUCCAGAACAAAGCUGCCGGCCAGGUUCCUGGGAGCUCGGGCCUGGCCCAGGGCAAAAGUUUCCUCCUCAACAAGUUCUCCUCCCUGAACCAGAAGGUGAAGCAGACCAAGACAAACGUGAACAUCGGCCCCUUUAAGCCCCUCGGCAAGCUUGGGAACUUCUCCAAACCCGAUGUGACCGUGAACUUCCUGAAACCGACCAUGCACGUCAACCUGUGGAAGUCGGACAGCAGCCUGGAGACGUCGGAUAACAACCCCGGAACGGGAGCCCUCAAAGACAUAGGUGACGAGCGCUACGAUAUCGACUCGGAUUCAGACUCGUACAAUUCGGACCCCGAGCAUCCGUGCUCUGGGUCCUUUGAGAAGGUGGACUAUGUUCUGCCCAGCUGUGGCAUCGUAGCAUCAAACCCGCGGCUGGGCAGCCGCUCCCAGUCCAUCGGCAGCGGGGAGCUCAACAUCCCCUCCAUGAUCCACGUCACCGGCUGCGGGGAAAAACAAGAAGGCUGUUCCGAAAUUAACGAAAAGUCACCCGGUGCCGCCUCGUUGGCUGAAGAAGCCUUGCUCAUUGACUUUGGCACGCCCAUCGACGCCUACUGCCACCAGUUUGUCCAGGACGCACAGACCAAACCCGUCGAGGUGUUUGGAGAGCUGCCGCCAGCCGGCGUCCCUCCAGCCAACCCCGCCGCGCACGGGCAAAAGAAAACCCCGGCAGACCCGGCGCAGCAGCCGGGCUCCGAGCUGCAGAACCAGAACCAGGAGACCCAGCUGCCCAGACCGUCCCAGCUAGACGUCCCAACCUCUACCUCCAGCUCCAACCUCCUCUCCGUCCAGAAGCCCAGCUCUGCUGCCUCCGGAGGCUCUCAGAAGAGUCUGAGUUCUCUGAUGGAGGGCAGCCUGGGACCCUCGCCCGCCGACAGCAACGGCAGCCGCGUGGUGUCCCCUUUUGCCAAGAUCAGGAGCUCCAUGGUCCAGGUGGCCAGCUUCACGCAGGCGGGACUCACCCAGGGCAUCAACUACGCCGUGGCGAAGGUGCAGAAGAGCCCGGAGCCGGACUCUGUGAACGAGGCCCAGGAGAACGAGCUGAAGGCAAUGUUUACACAGUGCCAGACCAGGAUCAUCCAGAUCUAGAGCUUUUCCCUGUAGCAGGAUGUUUGUAGUCGUGCGUCAUCCUGAAGGCUCCCAUGUGGUGGCGUCAGCAGAAGCUUGCACAGAGUGUCAUUACUAGGCCAAUAUUCGUGCUCCUGGAUUCUCCCUUACACUUCAACCGAGACUCGCUUAGAGCAGGAAAAACACACCCGCCACUCCUCCACCAUGCCACCAUGUUUACAUGCACCCCCCCUCCCCCACUUGUUUCUUCUUUGAGCACUGAUUUGUUUGUCUUUUCUUUUGCCACGCAGUCUUGCACACUGAAUAAUAUUAAUAUAUGUCCUCUCUUCUGUGGUUAAAUGGUCAAUUGUGCCUCGCAGUGGAAAUUGCAAUAAUAGUGGUGCAAUGUAUUAUUUCCCCCCCCCUGAAUAUAAUGUCUUAGAGUACUAGUUGGCUUUAGAAAUACAAUAAGGUUACAUUUU